CUAAGACAACGCCAUACUGGUUCGUCAAAAAUAAAUAGGGAGACCUCCCCGAUGGCGGAAAUAAUCAAAGGAUCGGAUUUGUUACACAAUGACCAAUUGAGGGGAAGGUUAAAAGCUCACAUUCAAGCGGACUGCCUGGUUGGAAUGCCUACCGAAACGGUAUACGGAUUAGGAGGGAACUCACUCAGCGAGAAAUCGCUAAAAAAUAUAUUUCAGAUGAAGAACAGACCCGUAAGUGAUCCCAUCAUCUCUCAUGUGUAUGACAUAAACCAAGCGUUUGACCAACUGUACCAUGUGAACGUAUUCGAGAAAUUUAUUAUAUAUACAUUAAGUAAUUAUUUUUGGCCUGGUCCUUUGUCAAUAAUUGCCAAAGCAAAAAAGGAGGUGCCUUUAAUCCUCACAGCUCACACAGGGUUCUGCGCUGUAAGAGUACCAAGGAAUAACAUCGCUAUGGAAAUUAUGAAAGUGAGCCAAGUACCAAUCGCAGCUCCGUCAGCAAACAAAUUUCAACAUAUCAGUCCUACCACUUCGGCUCAUGUUUUUAAAGAAUUUGAAAAAGAGAAUAUUCUCAUCUUUGACGAUGGACAGUGUGACAUAGGAAUUGAGUCUACUGUUUUGAAGCUGGUCAAGUAUAGGAGGGCUGGGGGUGGCAAGUCGGUUCAGCUGAGAGGAGGGGAUCAAACGUGUGAGGAGAUUCAACCAGAGGAGCUGCCCCAAUUAGAAGAAGUCACCACCGAUGAGGAAUACGAAAAGGAAUGCUUAGACGAAAUGGAAUUUUUGCGCAGAGUCACGGGAAUACCCGCGUCGGAGACGGAUGUGGAGGUUUACGACAGGUUGAAAGGUCUGUUUGAGGCCAUUGUGCGGGGGAAAGGAGUGGAGGACGAGGUGUCAGGAAUGGGAGGUGAAUUGCCUAGGAUGAGCGAACCCUCCCCCCUGUUGGAAAAAAUCCUCAAGUAUAAAAAUUUAUAUCACUAUGGUAUCCGAAUUUAUCGGAGGGGAAAGUACACGAAGGAGCAGAUCGAGGAGGCCCUCAGAUCAUCACCCCUGCUCAGAGACAUACAGGUCGACUUGUACGAAAAGAUCAAGUUUGAAAAUGUGGCCAUUUUUCGCGGGGGGGAAGGUGGCCAAGUGGGCGCCCAAUCGAAGGACGCACUAAACGGGUCAUUAAACGGAGCGCUGGAUGGGUCAUUAAACGGCGCGCUGAAGGGGUCACUAAACGACGCGCUCAACGGGUCACUGAAGGGCGCUCUGAACAAUUGCCUUUCCAGCUGCUUAACUGGGAACACUGCAGAGGAGGAGGCGCAGAAUGAGGUGAGUCCGGGCCUGCUGCUCACGCACUACAGCCCGGUUGUUCCGACGUACCUACUGGACUGUACGCCGGAUGGAGGAGAUCAAAGUGGGUCAGCAAGUAAAAACCCAAUUUCGAGAAUCUGCUUGGCGAAGUGCGUCCUUCUAGACAUCGGUAGCUCUUUUGAAUGUCACCAAGGGGACUUCCUCAAAUAUAUUAACAUCUCAUACGAGGGAGUGGAGAUUAAAGAAGAACAGACUAAAUUGGUGAUGAGAAAUUUUUUCCUUUUUUUGAGACAAGCAGAAGAGCUAGCCAUAGAACAGCAGGCUGUGGGAAUUUUAAUUUCGAUUGUAAAUUUAAAGUGCGUCGAUGAGGGCAGCCUCUCCAUCUUUGACAGAAUUUUCAGGGCAGCUUCCGGCAGAGUACUGCAGGUGGCCGUGCCCCAGGCGGGGCCGCUGCGCGUGCUUUAG